AUGAUGAAAGCCAAAGGAGUAGACAUUGCAUUGUUUCAGGAGACAAAGAAAGCUUCUAUGCUAGAAAAGGGGGUAGGGGAAUUAUGGGGUAGGGAGAGGAUGGAUUUCAUGACAGUGGAUGCUGAAGGAACUGCUAGUGGUCUAUUAUGUAUAUGGGAUCCAGGAGUGCUCCAAGUCUCAGGAUGCUACUGCAGUAGAAGAUUCAUUUUGUUAUCAGGUACUUUAUUCUUUUCUUUUGAUUGUGUUAUAGUAAAUUUAUAUGCUCCAAAUGAAGUGGGACAAAGAGGGAAAUUAUGGGAGACUCUGUUGAAGUUAAAUGAGGAGUUCCCUAAUCCUUGGUGCUUGGGGGGUGAUUUCAAUGAAAUCAGAAGCAUUGGUGAGCGAAAAGGGUGCUCUAGAAGGGAUAAGGGUAUGAAGGAGCUGAAUGAAUUCAUUGAUAAAAGUGAAGUGAAUGAUCUACCCCUGUUAGGUAGAAGAUAUACAUGGUGCAACUCCAGAGAAGGGGAAAAAUGGAGCAGAAUUGACAGGGUUUUAGUGGAACCAAAAUGGUUGGAAUCAUUUAAUCUAAAGUUGUGGGGGUUACCUAUAGCACUGUCAGAUCAUAGCCCUUUACUUUUGAUGGAGAGUGAGAGAGAUUGGGGCCCCAGGCCGUUUAGGUUUUUGAAUGCUUGGACUCUUCAUCCAAAUUUCUCACCUUUUGUGGAAAAGUGGUGGAAGGAGAAUGAUGUUCAAGGCUGGGCUGGAUUCAAAUUAUUUAAGAAGAUGAAAGAGUUGAAGCUAGCUCUGAAAUAG